AUGUCCCCCAAAGGACUCACGGGAAAAUAUUUCAGCCAAUGCUCGAAGCAGGAAUUCACGCCUACAAUGCAGCCCAGGGAUACCGGUGAGUAUAGGAAUCCAAAGACCCGAGACCUGUUGCUUGUUCUCGGACUGAGUAGAACAGGUGGUACUUCGCUUUCUCGAGCAUUGGGUGCUCUUGGAUAUGAAAACCUCUACGAUCUCGAUGAUAUAGCUAACGGAGGCCCUGAACAUGCAAGGUUCUGGCUUAACGCUGCUCAAAGGAAGCUAUCCGGAAAAAGUGGUUUCAGCUUGGAAGAAGUAGACGGGGUGCUGGACGGAUACGAUGGGGUUCGUAACGUUCCAUCCGCAGCAUUUGCCGCCGAAUUUAUCAGACACUACCCGUCGAGCAGAGUGAUACUGCCCACCCGCGAUGUUGACGGAUGGCAUGCCGUUCUAUCGAUCCUGCACUAUACUUCCUUGCUGUCUUCCACUCAAACUCCAGCAUCUACGACUCCGAUGAGCCAGGGAAGAGAGGAAGGCCGAGGAAGAGUUCAACAACAAUGCAAAGCCGCAUACCGGGAGCAUGUAGAGUACAUUCGUCAGAAUGUGCCUUCAGAGCUGCUGCUAGAAUACAGCGUCGAGCAGGGCUGGGAGCCGCUCUGCAAGUUCCUGGACAAGGAGAAGCCGGCAGAAGAGUUUCCACGAAGCAACGGCCGGGACGUUUUCUGGAAGGGAUGUCGAAAGCGAGACAUGAAUGUUAUCAAGCAGUUGGCUGUCAACGCUCUCUUCAUAGUCGCUGGCGCUUCUGCUCUGGCUGCUGGGUGGUCCUAUCGUGAAGCUAUCUCAGGAUACGUCACCUGA